AUGCCGCACCAAAACGGAACCGCUCAAGAAGUGGUUCUCGGUAAAGAAUCUGUACAGAAUCAGUAUAGAAACGAAAACAAAACAAACCCUCACCGACUUGGUGUAUGCUUGAAGAAGUGCUGCCCGGAAAAGUUGUAUGUUCAGAGGAAACUACGCGUAAAACUAUGCGUACCGUACACUGAGAGGAAACUGGAGAUAUCGUAUCCAGUCUAUGAUGAAGAAUUAAAUCCAACAGGAAAGACGGUGCAGGACUCUUUCGUAUUUGAAACCAACGCCUUCAGUAACAAAACUUUUAAGCUUUACACAAUGCAAGCGCUGAUCCGGUUCAAGGGCUACAUAUUAGAAAACGGAAAGCUUUAUUUGGAAUAUCCGAACGCAUUCCAGAGAUGGCAAACCCGGAAUGUAUAUGACUACUGCUUGGAUUUCUCAAUUCCAACUAAGAAUAACAAAGAGGUUACCUUAGGCAUCUGGGUAACAUUUGAUGGAAACGGAAAAGCGCCAAGCAAUCUAUAUCUUAGAAUAGCGAUGAUUAUUUCCUGCGUAUUUUUUUUUAUCGUGCUCGUGGUAUAUAGUCUACUGCCCGAAUUGAGGAACCUCGGAGGUUUGGUACUGAUGGCGUACGUUAUCAGUCUGAUGUUUGCGUUCAUAUCACUACUGGUUAUACAGGGAACGUUGUCUCCCAAAAACUGCAUUACCUUUACCAUGUUUACGUACUUCUUCUUUCUGGCUACAUUUUGUUGGAUGAAUGUAAUGUCAUAUGACAUCUGGUGGACAUUCAGAGGCUACGCAAAAGCUCGUCCCAUACAUCGACGCGGCGAGAAGUUCAAGUUUUUGAUGUACGCUCUCUAUGCUUGGGGACUUCCGCUGGCGAUGACCAUAAGUCUCUACUUCUUAAACUCGGUUGAUCUCCAACAUAUCCCGUGGUUGGUACUCCCGAAGAUCCCUGACAAGGGAUGUUUCUUAGAAGGAGGUGAGAAAUUUCUGUACCUCUACUGUCCAAUGCUGAUUAUGAUCUUGCUCAACUGGUUGUUUUUCCUGAUGACUGCGUUCAACAUCUGGCGGUUAAGCAGAGGCACGGCUGUUCUGGACUCGGCUGCAGCUGGCAAUACCGUAGCACAUAGGACCCAUCGUCAUAGACUAAUGGUUUACGUAAAGCUGUCAGUCCUUAUGGGUCUGAAUUGGCUCCUAGAGGUGGUGAGCUCCUUCAUGCCCGAUUACAACAUCUGGUACAUCUCGGACACCUUCAAUCUGCUUGUCGGAUUCGCCAUUUUCCUCAUAUUUGUGUGCAAAAAGAAAAUAUUUAAGAAGCUCGUGAAGAGAUACAUGAGCUUCCGGGAAUCGAAGUGGCAUCCAUCAUCGUUCCAUAGCAGAUCAAGCAGGUCCAGUAGCACUACCGACUCAUCAAUUGUCACUCAAGAAACACCCCUCAGACAGAUAUGCAUCAACCCCAAAGGACCUUGA